AUGGCAUCCUCCCACCAGGGGAACGGGACAGUCCCCAACUCUCAGACCGACGCACCCCCGGAUUCCUCCACAAAGCGCCGAUGGAGGCGCAACCGUAUAGCUUGUGACUCUUGUCAUGCUCGCCGCGUUCGAUGCGACCGCCAGUUUCCGUGCUCGCGCUGCCUCCGUAGCGAGAUCACCUGCGAAUUCACGCGCGAGCGUCGUAAGCGAGGCCGUAUCGCACGAUCCAAGCUGGCCGAAAUGGCAAAGAACAAAAUGGAGACCAGUGAGACGCCGGCUCCGGCUAAGACCAUGAAUGGUAUACCGGCGCCCGCUGGUACAGAGAUCCCAGGGCAUGUCUCCCCCGCAUCGACUUUCCACCAUCGAUCGCCGCCGGCAAAUGCUCCUACUGUUUCUGCUCCAAGUGUUGAUGGCCGACGGUCUCAGACUGACCCACAACUUCCCGUCCGGAGACCAGAAAUCGGCGGGAAUGUUACUGAGGAAUGGCUCGCCGGGACGCAUGUAUCACCAGGAUCAUACGAGUUCUUGAAUGGACCAGCUUUUGGAGAAGGACUAGGACCGUUUCCUCACAUGUUCGAUGUAUGGAACGGUGUCGACCUGGCCGCCUACAGCGCUGGGACUUCGCAAGGGUCGAAAGCGACCAACGCGCCGUCAACCUCUACAGCACCGUUGAAGUACCCGGUUCUACAGCCCUUGAUGCCGUUCGUGGAGGCGACUCUGCCUCGAAAACUGGUCUUUGACCUGCUUGAUCUAUAUUUCACCAGCGCGUUUUCAACUCACAUGCACCCCGUUUCCUUCCUCAGCAAAGAUGCGCCACGACCCAGCAGUCCGGCACUGCUUUCGAGUAUGCUCUGGGUAGCUGCUCUGGAUGAUAGGGCGUUUUCGUUGCCGAUUUCGCCUCCGCAGCGGAAAAGGAUCUGCCAAUUUCUCUGCGCUCUCACUAUCCGCUUGUUGCGACCGUUGAUUCAUGUUUCCUUCAAAGAUCAGGGCGGCGCCGCAGCAGCGGUUGCAGCAGCGGCCGCGGCGGCCACCAAUAACCCAGCGUUCGCCGGCGUCGGCCAGGAUCUACCGCCCACUACUGUGCACCAUCCGUUUGAAGGAGGAGGAGACGAUAGAGGCCUGGUAGGGCCGGCAGGCUCGCUUGACGAUGUGAUUACCUACAUCCAUGUAGCUUCUAUCAUCUCGUCCAGUGAGCAGAAGGCAGCCAGUAUGCGAUGGUGGCAUGCGGCCUUCACCCUAGCGCGAGAGCUCAAGCUAAAUCAAGAGAUCGAGGUGAUGCCGAAUGGCGACUCCCAAGUGGAAGGGUCAAGUCCGCCGUUCGGAUACUCUCUACCCGGCUGGGAUGGGGCUGACCCGGGCCCCGUCUUUAAUUACUCAAACCCAACUCGGUCCAGUCUCAAUUGCGUCUGUGAUCGCCAGGACCAGAACACCAUCACCGAAGAGCACCGCGAAGAACGGCGGCGGACAUGGUGGCUUCUGUACAUCAUGGACCGCCAUCUCGCACUGUGCUACAACCGGCCGUUGGCCUUGCUGGAUGCCGAAAGCGAAGACUUACUACUACCGCUGGACGAGGCAUCCUGGCAGUCAGGGAUCAUACACAGUAACAGCCCGAAGUCGGAUGGGCCGCAAUGCCUACUCUCUGCCGACAAGAACAAGCGUCGCCUGUUUCCGAACUUCAUCUGCCAUGAUCAUUCUGUGUUUGGCUUUUUCCUUCCCCUCAUGACGAUCACCGGCGAACUCAUUGACCUGAACCAAGCGAGGAACCAUCCGAUGCUUGGCAUGCGACUAAACGGCAAGGACGCGUGGAAUGUCCAUGUAAGCGAAGUUCUACGCCAGCUCGAGAUCUACAAGGCUAGCUUAACCACGUUCGCCGCUACUACAUCCGAUCCGGAAGCGCCGCUGUCCGCUUAUGCGCACGCCCAAUCCGAACAUCUACCAGCCGAGCCAUCCCUCUCGCAAGCAUACGCAUGGCACACGCAAACUGUCAUAUCGUAUGCAUCAUACCUGGUCCACGUGCUCCACAUCCUGUUGGUGGGCAAAUGGGAUCCCGUAUCCCUGAUCGAGGACAAAGAUUUCUGGACCUCCUCCCCCGCAUUCGCAUCGACCAUCUCGCAUGCGCUGGACGCAGCCGACUCGGUCGAUCAGAUUCUCCGAUACGACCCAGACAUUAGUUUCAUGCCCUAUUUCUUUGGCAUUCAGUUGCUGCAAGGCAGUUUUCUUCUCCUGCUGAUCGUUGAGAGGCUGCAGAAGGAAGCGGGCGAAGGAAUCCUUAAUGCAUGCGAGGUGAUGAUCCGAGCUACGGAAUCUUGUGUGGUGACUCUGAACACCGAAUACCAGCGAAAUUUCCGGCAGGUCAUGCGCAGUGCCGUUGCCCAAGCACGAGGGAGGCCAGUCAAUCACAGCGAGAUUCGCCACCGGCGCAAGGCUGUGCUAGCGCUGUACCGGUGGACAAGGAAGGGAACCGGGUUGGCUCUCUAG